AUGUUUCAUCUCAUAUUUCUAAUAUGCAUAAAAUUGAUAAUAGCAGUCACAAAUAAUACUGAUGAUGAUGAUUUUGAUAGACCAGUGCUAGCUCUUGCAAGCGAUACAUCAAUACAUUUAGCUCAAAUAAUUGAACUGAAUCAUGAUUUUGAUGAAAUAAAACGAAUUUAUCAACAGAAUAAGUCGAUUUAUAAAUUCAACAGUUUAACAUCAAAUAUUGAAACAGAAUCAAUAUAUGUGUGUACUCAAACAACAAUUUACAUUUUAAACUAUGAUCAACAAUCUAAAUGGUUACUAACUCCACUUAUACCUGUUGAUGAUACACCAUGUUUAAGUAGUUUGUACUAUGCUCAAACAUCUUGGAACACACUAAUAUGGUCCUAUCGACAUGCUGUUAUAGAAUAUCAGUUGAGUGAAUUAGUAAAACAUCGACUAUGGAAUACAACCUAUUUUAUUAAUUAUUUCAUCUAUAAUGAAACAGAAGACGGUUCUAUUUAUUUGAGCGUUAGUGCAGCCGCAACAGAAAAAACAUCUUAUAUAAUUCGAUGUAAAUAUACAUUUUCAUUAUGGUUAUCGUCUUGUAUCAUAAUGGAUAGUGGUUACUCUGAUAUAUGUUCAAUGUUUAUAAGUGACAGUCAAUUGUAUUUAGCAGAUAGAAUUCAAAAACAAAUUUAUCAAUUAACAAUUAUAAAUGGCAUUGUGAAACGAAAACAUACGUUAUCAUUAAAUUCAUCACAAGUAGCUGAUAUACAUUCGUUAAUUGCUUACAAACACUAUGUUAUUUGGUUAACAUUAAGUGGUCAUGUACGAUUAUACUCAUUUAAAACGAAUUUGACAAGAACAUUGUUUUGGAUCAAUGAAGAUCUUUAUACAUUACAAUUGAUACCGUUUGGUAGUUGGAAUCAAACCUCAACAACUACAAUACAUUCAUCUUCCACCACGAUGCUCACUCAUACUUCGAUAAAAACGACGAUGACAUCAUCAAGAAAUAUUUUGCUUAAUACAAAUCCAUGGAAAACAACAUCGUAUAUAACAACAAUAUUGAUGAGUGUGGCCCUCUUUCUUUGUGCAUCAAUGAUUACAUACAUGAUGAUAACAUAUAAAUACAGUCAACGUAUACCAAGUUUUACAAAUAUACUACACGUACUAAGACGUCGAAGAGAAAAUGAACGAAAUAAUCUAUUUACGGUAUCCAUGAAUGAAUCGACUACGUAA